AUGGCACAGCAUCAACCAAAGCAAAGAAGAGGAAAGCCUGUUGGCUGUGACACAUUUGUGGCAUUUCCACCGGCAACUCCUGAAGGCAUCAUCGUAUUUGGAAAGAACAGCGAUCGACCGUCAGGAGAAGGGCAAUCGAUUCGUCGAUAUGAAAGCAAGACAUACCAAGAUGACACUAGUAGUCAGUGCCAAUGCACGUAUAUAUCCAUCCCGCAAGUUGCCAAGACACAUGCGGUACUGCUGUCUCAAAUUGACUGGAUGUGGGGCGCCGAAAUGGGUGCCAACGAACAUGGCGUUGUCAUUGGAAACGAAGCUGUCUGGACCCAAGAUCUCGCCAGUGGACAACCCGAGCAUUUGCUAGGAAUGGAUCUCGUUCGGUUGGGCCUAGAACGAGGUAGUAGCGCCAAAGAGGCCAUGCAAGUCAUUACUACGUUACUAGAAACACAUGGGCAAGGAGGAGCCUGUGCCGAGGAUGAUCCGAGUUUCACCUACCACAACUCCUACUUGAUUGUGGAUCCCACCGAAGCGUGGGUAUUGGAGACGUCGGGAAAACAUUGGGUGGCAGAAAAGGUCACUACGGGAGUUCGGAAUAUUUCCAACUGCUUGAGUAUUCGCUCCAAAUUUGACUUGACUUCCAAGGGUAUUGAAGACUACGCCCGCCAAAAAGGAUACUGGAAGGAAACCGGUUCAUUUGAUUUUACACAGGCUUUUUGCGCUGGAAGCGUCCAAGAAGAAACCUCGGAUCCAAGAUUUUGUGGUGGCAAGAGGUUAUUGGAACGGCAUGCUGGAAAGGGCACUAUGAACAAGAACGCCAUGAUUGCAAUUCUGAGAGACCACCCCAGUGGCGUCUGCAUGCACGGUGGUGGUUUUGAAACAACGUCGUCCUGGGUCUCUGAAAUAAACAUGGGAAAGGAUGGUGGUGUGGACGGAGUGGCGGCCAGACAUUGGGUAACAGGAAAGCCCCAUCCGUGCAAGAGUGACUUUUUCGAGGAAUGCGUGGUACCUCCAAAUAAUCCAUAG